AUGAUCAACGAGCCACAUAUUUCUUCACCAACUUUAGACUCACCAAUAACAGCUGUUCCUUCGUCAUCUUCAUUGGACGAUCCAGCUAAACGUCAAACGGAAGAUAUCGAAAUGGAGAAUAUAGAUAAAUCAGAAUAUGUCAAAAUCUCCGAUACAGCAACCACAGUAUCAAUAAUAGAUGAUUCAAGCUCCAGUAUUACAUUCGAACCCACCUCAAAGAUCUCACACUUGCAAGAUCUCGAGGAUCUCCCUCAAGGACGACAUUUAGGAUUGUUUUCCACGAUUAUAUUAUUCGUUUCACGUAUUCUUGGUAGUGGGAUCUUUAGUAUUACAAGUGGUAUAUAUGAGGAUUGUGGUAGAUCAGUGUUUUUAUUCUUUCUUGCAUGGUUCGUUGCAUGUGUUGCAUCAUUCGGUGGUCUCUAUGUAUUUUUAGAAAUGGGAUCUUUAGUACCGAGAAGUGGCGGAGCUAAAGUAUUUUUGGAAUUUAUAUAUACAACACCCGAACUAUUGGCUACUGUGGCAUUCUCGGUUUAUUCAGUUAUGUUUGGUUUCACGAUAUCCAACGUGUUGGUAUUUGGUGAAUAUUGUAUUCAUGCUGUUGGUAUUACUCCAACUGAUUUCAAUACCAGGACAACUGGACUUUUAUUCUUAUAUCUAGCAGCUGGGAUCCAUGGAGUGAGUGUGAAUCACGGGGUGAGGGUGCAAAAUAUAUUAGGUGCACUUAAACUAGUGCUUGUGGGUAUAAUGGUAGCAACAGGAAUUUAUGUGGCGGUAUUUCCCUCGUCCAUGACUGGACUUGAAAACCAAAUUGAUACUUCAAAAUUAUUCGCAAUUAAGACACAAGCAAGCGUUUCCACUUUUGCAAGUGCGGUAAUCAAAGCAUCGUUUGCAUUCAGUGGUUGGAAUUCAGUUCAUACAGUUUCAAACGAGAUCAAGGAUCCUGUUCGUACUUUCAAAAUCGCAGGGCCAGUAUCAUUAGGCAUAAUGGCAGUAACUUAUUUUAUCACCAACUUGGCCUAUUUGAUAGUAAUCCCAGAAGAAGAAUUAGUUAAUAGUCAUACCCUUGUAGGUGCAAUUCUUUUCGAGAAGAUCUUUGGGAAAGCUAUCGGACAACAAUUAUUAACCUUCUCAGUUGCAUUAUGUGCUGGUGGAAAUAUAUUUGUCGUGAUCUACACUAUCUCCAGAGUAUCUCAAGAAGUAUUUCGUGAGGGAUAUUUACCGUUCUCGAAAUUCAUGUCAUCCAAUUGGCCAUUUGGUGCGCCUUUGCGGACAUUAUUGUUGAGUAUUAGCAUAACUACAAGUAUUCUAGUGUUAUUCCCCCAUGGAGAUGUUUAUAACUAUAUGGUGGCUUUGGAAGGAUAUCCCCAACAACUUGCAAUUGCAUUAAUAGCUAUAGGGAUAUUUAUUGUUAGAAAGAGACAUCCAGAUUUACGUGCUCCAAUUAGAGCCGGUGUAGUUGGCACAGUUUUGGUUUUCUUGGUUAGUCUUUAUUUAAUCAUUGGCCCAUUCAUAUCAAAGCAUAGUCCAAACCCAAAGGGACUUGAAAAUUGGCCUUCAUAUGGUGUUGUGGGUACUAUUUGUAUUUUAGCAUGUAUUUCAUUUUGGUAUUUCAAAUUUAGAUUCUUCCCCUGGAUUGGGAAAUAUGAGUUAAUAGCUGAAGAGCAUCAAUUAAGUGAUGGGUUAAUGAUUAAAAAGUGGAAUAAAGUGUAUAAUUAUUCUCAAUUAUAG